UUCAACCUUGUGAAAAAUCGGGCUGAGGAGAUAACAUCCAAACGCGCUCCAGCUUCACCUACAAACUGGAAAGAGGGAGCAUAUCUACCAUGUCGAGCUUUCAUUCUUUUGGUACUGCGAAUAGCCACACUCUCACACAUGUGCGUCACUGGGACUAUGGUUCUCUCGAUGAUCAUUCAAAGAGCACCCUAGCCUUUCCAUGUACCACCUCUGAGAACCAAAGGGUAGCUUUCCGUGUAGGUACCUUCACGUUUUGUUGAAGUCUGAACUGUUCAAAGCAAAGCAUCCUCUCCUCCAUCUCCCGUCAGAACCAUAGACGACACUUCCAGAAGAAUGGAGGUUCAAAACACACAUGAAUCACGAGCCACUCCCGCCAACACACAUCAGCCUUCAUGACUCCGUUCACGCCCUCAAAGAAACAGAGCUUCAAGGUUCUCUUGGUCGUGGUUAAGACUCGUCAGAACAGCACCGACGCCGUACUACUCUGACUUCAGAACACAGACCAGUGGCGGAGCCACUUGGGAAGUAGGGUGUCAAUUGACCCCUAUGAAAUAUAUAAAAUAAAUGUUUUAGGUUUAUAUCUAAUGUUAUGGUUGUGGUAAACUGGUAAGAACUUAUCUUUUUGACCCCCAUGUCUUGUGUUCAAAACUCAAAAACGACCCUUUUAACUAUGAUACAUUAAUUAUGACCCCAAUAAAAUGAAACUCUAGCUCCGCCACUGACACAUAUGACCCUCUUCUAUACAGAUCUGAGCAAACCAACCGCUCACCUAACCCACAACCAGAUCUGCAGCAGACAGAACACUCCAGAGCUUCAAGCCACCACCUCCGUGCAUAGAUCUGACAGAUCUAAGGGAAAACGACUGUCGCAACCCAUCGAACCCUAAAAGCCGACCCAUCUCAGUGAAUCCUCCUCACACAGCUCGCCAGAACUCCAGACAACCGUCGUCACCACCUGUAUCUGACUCAAAAAGUUUCUUCGAUCUCCAGAGCACCAAACAUCUCACUGCCGGGAUUCUCCACUUUCUCCCGAAAACCUCUUAGUUUUUACUGGACUCACAUGGCGACCGAAACCCUAGAAGGGAAGAGACCGGGAGUCGAAUCCUCCCCGGCGAAGGAGAAAGAAGAAGCGAAUUCGCACAGUAACGAAGAGGCGGAGAGGAAGAACGAGGAUGAAUUGGAAGGUAUAAAAAGCGAGGAGGAGAAAGUGGAGACUCAGAGGAGUAGGGAAAGGCCAACGAGGGAGAGAAAGAAGGUCGAGCUUUUCUCCCUCUCUACUCCUCUGCGCCCUACACCCGCCAAGUCCCUUUCUAUUGAAAAGGGUCGUGGAACACUACUCAGGGAUAUUCCAAAUGUGGCUCAUCAACUAUCCAAGCGAAAAGCUGACGACAACCUGAUCUUACUACACACCAUUCUGUAUGGGAAGAAAGCAAAGGCACAGAUGGUUAAGAAAAACAUUGGUCAGUUUUCUGGCUUUGUAUGGUCAGAGAAAGAGGAGGAGAAGCAAAGAGCACGAGUAAAGGAGAAGCUUGACAAAUGCAUAAAAGACAAGUUAAUCUUUUUCUGUGAUGUACUUGAUAUACCUAUAAGCAGAAGCAGCAUUAAAAAGGAAGAAGUAGCUGCCAAGGUGCUUGACUUUUUGGAAUCUCCCAAGGCAUCAAGAGAUGUUUUACUUGCUGAUCGAGAAAAGCAAGCCAAGAAACGCAAGAGCACACCGAAAAAGAGGAAAUCUGCAGCAUCUUCAGAUACCCCCCCAGCCAAGAGGAAAAGGCAAACUAAAAAGCGAGAUCAUCCAUCUGACACAGAAGAAGGCAAGGGUGAGGGGGAUUCUGAUUCCGAAGGCACUAAGGAUACUCAUGAUGAAGAUGAUGCGGCACCAGAAGAAGAUAGUGACCAUGAGAAAACUGAAACUGAAGAUGAGGAAGAUGAAGCAGAAGAUGAGAAGCCAUCUGAUAAGAAAAUCUCAUCAAAGAAGAUUAAAGAGGAGAGCUCGGCAGGUACCAAAGGCAAAGAUAAACAAGCGUCUGCCAAAGUUUCUAAGAAAUCUGGUGAAAAGUCCUCCAAAAGAGUUGCUAACUCAACUUCAUCCCCAGCCAAGAAGCAAAAGGUUGACCAUGAGGAGUCUUCUAAAGGGAAAAGCAAGAAAAAGUCAGUUAAGCCACAGGCUAAUGGAUCCAAAGACAAAGGGAAAGGCACUAAUAAAGGGAAAGUAGAGCCAACCAGAGAAGAGAUGCUUGAAUUUGUCUCCAAAAUUCUCAAGGAAGUAGACUUCAACACGGCGACAUUAUCAACUAUUCUGAAGAAGCUAAGUGACCAUUUUGGUGUUGAUCUCUCACAUAGAAAACCAGAGGUGAAGGAGGUUAUCCAAGAUGCUAUAAAUGAAAUGACUGAUGAUGAAGUAGAAGACGAAGACGAAAAAUCUGUGGCUGGAAGUGACGAGGAGAAGGAAGAAGAAGAGAAAAAUGAUGAGGCUGAAAGUAGCAAAGAGAAGGAUGAAGAAGAGGAAAAAGCUGAGGCUGAAAGUAACAAAGAGAAGGAUGAAGACGAGGAAAAGCUAAAGGAUUAAGGUGUUAGUGAGUUUCUUCUCUCAAAGAUCUGAUGUGAUGAGAAGCAAAACUUAUCAACAUUGUGCACGUGAUAGUUAGUGAGUGCUGAAUCUAUGCUUUGUACUAUGUAAUCUCUAUAGUUUCAUCACAUGCAUUACACUAUAUAUUAUGUAGUUUCAGUGACUUCUUCUUGUGUA